UAAAGCUUGUUGCAGGGGGCGGGGCUCCGGACACAAUAUGGCGGCCUCCUUGUGCAGAUGGGCUCGGGUGCUCGGGGGGGCGCGGUGCUCGGGUGUGUGGGCUGUCAGAUCCCGGGCUUUCUUUUCGGGUGAUUCGGGUUUACGUUCUGACAACGUCCAUGGUUCGCGGGGCGCAGGGUCGGGUGAGGGCGGGUGUCGGGGUUCAGGGGCGCUGUAUAUUGGGGCGCUUGUUGGGGCGGGGCUUGGUGUGUGGAGUUGGGGGCGGAGUUCAGACUCGAGGCUCCGGGUGGAGGCGGCAAAACCUGACACCCCGCCCAGUGACCCCCCGAAAUCCGAGCCCCCGAACCCCCGGAAAGUCUUCAACUUCAUAGCGGACGUGGCGGAGAGGUGCGGGCCGGCCGUGGUGAACAUCGAGACCCUGGGCCGGCACCCGUUCACCGGCCGGGAGGCGGUCAUCUCCAGCGGCUCAGGCUUCCUGGUCUCCUCGGACGGGCUGAUUGUCACUAACGCCCAUGUGGUGGCCAAUAAGAGGAGGGUGAGAGUGAAACUGUACAACGGGGACACGUACGAGGCCAGCGUCUGUGCCAUGGACCCCGUGCAGGACAUUGCUGCCGUGCGCAUCACCCCAAAGGGUCCCAUGCCCACGCUGCCGCUGGCUCGCUCUUCUGAGGUUAGACAGGGGGAGUUUGUUGUGGCCAUGGGGACGCCGUAUCUGCUGCGUAACACCAUCACCUCCGGCAUCGUCAGCUCUGUGCAGCGCGGGGGUCGGGAGCUCGGGCUCUCCAACAAGGACAUGGACUUCAUCCAGACAGACGCCAUCAUAGAUGUCGGUAACUCUGGGGGGCCCCUGGUCAAUCUGGACGGUGAGGUCAUUGGUAUUAAUACUCUUAAAGUGACGGCUGGCAUUUCCUUUGCAAUUCCAUCAGACAGAGUAAGAAAUUUUCUCCAACAGGCGGAGAAGCGGGGUCAGGGUUCCUGGUUUGGUCGUUCUGAGGUGAAACAGAAAUACAUUGGAAUCAUGAUGCUGACGCUAACGCCAAGUAUCUUGGCAGACAUGAAGUUCAGGGAUCCUGGAUUUCCUGAUGUUCCUCAUGGGAUCCUUAUCCAUAAAGUGAUCAUUGGAUCACCGGCUCACCAAGCUGGUCUGAAGGCUGGAGACAUUAUCCUGGAGAUAAAUUCCCAAGCAGCCACCACCGCUGAAGAUGUCUUUGAUGCUGUAAACUCUCAGGCGAAGCUCACCAUGACGAUCCGCCGUGGGUACGAGACCCUGAUGGUGAACGUCAUCCCUGAACUGGUGGAGUAAUGGACGUUUGUUCUAAGUGACCUUUGUGUUAAGAACAGGGGGAAGAUACGGACUCGGCGUGCGCCAGUCUGGACAAUGCCCACUCCCCAGGAAUCAAAUGACUUCUGCUAGUCCUGCAGGAUAAUAUGGCUCGGAAGACUGUCCAUCCUGCAUGUGACAGGAGGGCAGACUUCCUAAUAUCGGGUUCAGUACAGUCGCUGCAGAAUUUCUAGCGGAGGCAUAAUUUGCAUUUAAUCUACCAGUUCGUCCUUGAAGUGAGGUGCUGAUAUCGGUGACUACUCCCCAUGUAUGAUGACUCAAACCACAGACACCAGUUAUUUGGAUGCGGAAGACCCCUUCAAUUAUAAUUGUUUGCCUGGGA